UGCAUUAAGAGGAGAUGAAAAAGUGGCCUUUAGGACCCGGUGAUUAUUUGCGGAAGUUCACAUAUAUUCUGCGACGUGACGUCAGCUGCUGCAAGCAAACAUGGAGGACGGCGGAGUGCUGGUCGAGAAACCUCAGGAUGAUGUGCCGGCCCUGCUGAAUUCAAGGCCCCAGACCGGCUUGUCUUUCUUGGCUCCUGAACCAGAAGAUCUGGAGGACCUUUACAGUAGAUAUAAGAAGUUGCAGCAGGAACUGGAGUUUCUGGAGGUGCAGGAGGAGUACAUCAAAGAUGAACAGAAGAAUCUGAAAAAGGAGUUCCUUCAUGCCCAAGAGGAGGUGAAGAGGAUACAGAGUAUCCCUCUGGUUAUUGGGCAGUUCCUGGAAGCAGUCGACCAGAAUACUGCUAUUGUGGGCUCAACCACAGGCUCCAAUUACUAUGUUCGGAUUUUGAGCACAAUUGACAGAGAGCUGCUGAAGCCCAAUGCCUCUGUUGCUCUGCACAAGCACAGCAAUGCUCUGGUGGAUGUUCUGCCUCCAGAAGCUGACAGCAGCAUCAUGAUGCUCACUUCAGAUCAGAAGCCAGAUGUGAUAUACUCAGACAUCGGAGGAAUGGACAUCCAGAAACAGGAAGUGAGGGAGGCUGUGGAGCUCCCCCUCACACAUUUUGAGCUCUAUAAACAGAUUGGUAUUGACCCACCCAGAGGAGUGCUCAUGUAUGGCCCACCUGGCUGUGGAAAGACUAUGUUGGCAAAAGCUGUGGCUCACCAUACCACAGCGGCCUUUAUUCGUGUGGUGGGAUCUGAGUUUGUGCAGAAGUAUCUCGGAGAGGGUCCACGCAUGGUGCGAGAUGUCUUUCGACUGGCCAAAGAGAAUGCCCCGGCCAUUAUCUUUAUCGAUGAGAUUGAUGCGAUUGCUACCAAGCGUUUUGAUGCACAGACUGGAGCUGAUAGAGAAGUGCAAAGAAUCCUGCUUGAGCUGCUCAAUCAAAUGGAUGGGUUCGACCAGAAUGUGAACGUGAAGGUUAUCAUGGCCACCAACAGGGCUGACACACUGGAUCCAGCUCUGCUGCGCCCAGGUAGACUGGACCGUAAGAUUGAGUUUCCUCUUCCUGACCGGCGACAGAAACGCCUGGUGUUCACCACCAUCACCAGCAAGAUGAACCUCUCAGAGGAGGUUGACCUGGAGGACUAUGUUGCCAGGCCUGACAAGAUCUCUGGUGCAGAUAUCAACUCCAUUUGCCAGGAGGCUGGUAUGCUGGCUGUGCGUGAAAACCGUUACAUUGUGCUGGCUAAGGACUUUGAGAAGGCUUACAAGACUGUUAUCAAGAAAGAUGAGCAGGAACACGAGUUCUACAAGUAGAAUACGCCUCUACUAGAUAUCGACAUUAGAUUUUACCCUGUUUGUUUCAGCCUGUAUUUGUACGUACAGUGUAAUAUUGAGGACAUAAAACUUGAACCUUGAUUUUAAAUCUUCAGGGUUUACACUGCUUGUACUGGGACUUUGAUUUCACAGGAUUGUUUCAGAUUGACAUUAUAUAAAAUAUGGAUGGAAAAACAAACACGUACAUCUGGUGAGCAUUUUAUGUAUUCUGUUUAAUAACUCCUCAAAGAACCAUUAAAAUGUUUUCCAUAACUCUAAAUAAAGAUUUUUUGAUAACAAC